AUGGGUUUGUCUGCAUCUACUCCUGCUGUUGCAGUUCACACCUCCAGUGCUUCAGAUCAUCAGACACCAUCCUCACCUUCAGGAUGCCCGAUGCAUGAAGGGAAAAUGAGAGGUUGCCCAGUGAGCACAGCACCGUCAGAUGCCAUCCGUGAGAGCAAGCCAUACCCUGUGCCCGCCCACCAGGAGCGUGCGUACGAGUAUGUGGAAUGCCCUGUGAAGGCCGCAGCGCCGGUGAACAAGGAGAACCUCGAUCCCUCCAAUCUGAUGCCACCACCUAAUCAGAUGCCAGCCCCCGACCAGCCCUUUCCUCUGUCGACUGCCAGGGAGGAGUCCUCCAUCCCGAGAGCAGACUCCGAGAAAAAGUGGGUGUACCCGUCCGAGCAGAUGUUUUGGAACGCGAUGUUAAAGAAGGGGUGGAAGUGGAAAAGUGAGGAUAUUAGUCAGAAAGACAUGUACAAUAUCAUUCGCAUUCACAAUCAGAAUAACGAGCAGGCUUGGAAGGAGAUUUUGAAGUGGGAAGCCCUUCACGCUACGGAAUGUCCUUGUGGUCCGUCCCUGAUCCGGUUUGGGGGUAAAGCCAAAGAGUACUCACCGAGGGCAAGACUCCGUUCCUGGAUGGGGUAUGAGUUACCCUUUGACAGACAUGACUGGAUCGUCAACCGCUGUGGGACAGAGGUGAGGUACGUCAUCGACUACUACGAUGGUGGCGAGGUAGACAAGAACUACCAGUUCACCGUCUUGGACGUGCGUCCUGCCCUGGAUUCCCUCUCAGCAGUGUGGGACAGGAUGAAGGUCACCUGGUGGCGCUGGACUUCAUAA